AUUGCUGAGGGUGCGAGCCGGCGAGGACUUACCGGGAAUAACGAAUGACUUUCAAUAUUUUGUCUUCCGUUCUCCCCUCCGUCCUCACCAUUUCGGGCGCGUGCAGUGCAACAUCCGGGUACUUCACCGGUCUCUGUAGUUUUCUAACACAUCCGGGUACGGGCAGCGCACUGCGUUUUGCUUUACACGGACGGAAGUGAGGUAGUUGUAGUUGUAGAUGACUUUUCAGGGUCCGUGUUGAAAUUGUCGCCGCUGAAUACAUUUCCAAGUUGACCACACCAUAUUUCAACGACGACAUGACCACAGUGAGUUUCAUGGCGUCUUCGGGAAGGUCAUUCAUGCACACUUUGAGACCAUCUCCACCCCUUUUACCAGCUACUUCAUGGAUGGUGCAACGAUGUCUGCAGUCCACGCAGCCCGUCCGUGCAGCCCGACUGCCAUACAGGGUCAAAAUGUGUGCCGGGAAACGCUAUUCCUGGUGUGCAUGUGGACACAGCAAGAAACAGCCUUACUGCGACGGCGCUCACAAGACUAAAGCACCAGGCAUCUCUCCUCUCCGCUUCACUCCCAACAAAGACAAGACGGUCAUGCUGUGUGGCUGCAAGCAGACUAAAGAUGCUCCUUAUUGCGACGGCACACACAUUAAAGUCAUCUUCAGUGAUGUGGCUGAGGCAGUAAAAGGCGUGUUUAAAAGAAUAUGAUUUGCCAGGCACUGUC